AGGAAAAUCAGAGGAAAAGGGACGCAUGUGAAAACGGCGACUUUUCGUCAAAGGAAGCCGAAGGGAAUCCUGUUUUAACCGCCAUGCGUCGCUUGCUUGGUGCAUUUGGCCGCUCGAAUUCAUGGAAACCAUACCAAAUUCUUGAAAGGUCUUCUUCUUCUUCUUCUUCACAUAGUCUUUGUUUCAUUUACGUGUACAGUUUUGAUUCAGUUCCAUAGCUUUGUCUAUCUAAUGGAUCGAUCUUUUCUCCCGUUUUGUUCACGACAAAUCCUUAUUUGAUCAAACCCUGUUUUUUUCCAUUUCAAGCUCUGCUGUUCCGCAUCUGGAAUUUCUCUACCUUUUUGAACCGUUUACACGAUUGCUUGUCGGUUUCUGAUUUUUCUGUAUAUAGUUUUCUUGGCAUCCAAGUUUCUGCUUGGAUUUUCCUUGGUUGAUUGAUUUGUGAACAUAAUUUCUGCUUUGGGAUUGAUAAUCUCGUAACCAAUUUGACUUUGUUGGGCUUUUGGAACUCUGUACUGGGUGCUCUUGUCUGCAACUUUUUGUUUUCCACGAGUGAAUUGCGGAGAGUUUCAUUUUUCGGGAGUUUUGAGUAUGGGUUGUUUCUUCAAUUUUAAUCGUAAAAAGAAGAUCAAAAGAGGAGCAGGACCGACUAAGGAACCGAAUCAAAGGAACAAAUCGGAUCGUGUGAUUGAUGCAUUGGAAACGUUGCCUACGCCCCGGAGCAUACCUGAGUUGUACAAAGAGAAGGAGCAUACUCUUAGAGCCUUUACUCUCGAAGAGCUCAAAAUUGCGACGAAUGGGUUCAGUAGGUCGCUUAGGAUUGGAGAAGGUGGCUUUGGGAGUGUAUAUAAGGGGAAAAUAAGGCUUGAAGGUGAUCAGGGAGAGGAAACCAUAGUUGCUAUCAAGAGGCUUAAGCCAAAUAGCACACAGGGUCAUAAACAAUGGCUUGCAGAAGUUCAAUUUCUUGGUGUUGUUAGUCAUACAAACCUGGUAAAACUUUUGGGAUACUGUUCAGAAGAUGGAGAAAGAGGGAUCCAAAGACUGUUAGUGUAUGAAUUCAUGUCUAAUGGAAGCCUAGAAGAUCAUCUCUUUAGCAGGAGUACGACUCUUUUGACAUGGAAAACUAGGCUACAGAUUAUCCUUGGUGCAGCUCAAGGAUUGGCUUAUCUACAUGAAGGAUUAGAAGUUCAGGUGAUAUACCGGGACUUCAAAUCGUCAAACGUGCUAUUGGAUGAAGAAUUUUCUCCUAAACUUUCGGACUUUGGGCUUGCUAGAGAGGGGCCAACUGGUGAUCACACGCAUGUGUCCACUGCAGUGGUUGGGACAUAUGGAUAUGCAGCACCCGAAUAUGUUGUCACAGGACAUCUAACAAUGCAAAGUGAUAUAUGGAGUUUUGGAGUAGUUCUAUAUGAGAUCCUCACAGGCAGGCGAGUUCUCGAACGAAACCGCCCCACGGUGGAGCAAAAGCUACUCGAAUGGGUUAAACAGUUUCCUGCAAACAGCAGAAGGUUCAAGACAAUAAUGGAUCCUCGGCUUCAAAACCAGUAUAACCUGGCUGCAGCUCGAAAAGUUGCCAAUCUAGCCAAUCAAUGUCUCAACAAGACUGCAAGAGAUCGGCCAACGAUGUCGAAAGUCGUCGAAAUCCUGAAACAAGCACUAGAAGAGUCCGAGGAGGAUCGUGUUUGAGGAUUCCUGUUAAUCAUCUGGGUGUUUACUGCAAAAAACUGAAAUGGUUGAAAUGGUUGUGAGGUAUCACUUUUUUGUAUGAAAGCUUAGUCGAGGUACCUCCCCUUUUGACGUUUGCUCUUCAUUCAUCAUCUUUAAGAUUAGAAUAUGAGUGGGAAGAUUAGGCGAUU